UUAGAUUUCACUUCUUGCACUCUCUUACUCUUUGAACUCAGUGUACUGAGUUGGAAAAAAGAAAUGGGAAGAGGUACAAGGUGGCUGAAGGGCUUAUUUGGUAUAAAGAACAGCAAAGACUACUCGAAUUCCGAUGAUCGGAAAGAGAGGAAACGGUGUAGCAUUGGCCAUUCAAGGAGGGAUUCGAGCGGCGGAUUGUGUCGCUACACUACAAUGAUACCAUCAAACAUAUCACCCGCAGAAACGUGGUUAAGAUCAUACUCUGGCGAAACGGAGAAGGAGCAAAACAUGCACGCAAUCGCUGUAGCAGCUGCCACGGCAGCGGCUGCUGAUGCGGCAGUAGCAGCUGCGAAGGCGGCCGUGGCAGUAGUGAGGCUGACAAGUCAGGGCAGAGGAGCCAUGUUCGGCGGACAUGAAACACGGGCUGCCGUUAAAAUUCAAACUGUUUUUCGAGGCUAUCUGGCUAGAAGUGCACUUCGAGCUUUAAAAGGAUUGGUUAAGAUACAAGCGCUAGUUAGGGGAUAUUUAGUGCGGAAACAAGCUACCAUUAUGCCCCGGAAACCUGGUGGACUUGUUAACCGUGAAGCCAACAGAUUCGGCAUCCGAGAACGAAAAUCAUUGGAGAGACUGUUCACUUUUGACACUGCAAAUGACAUUGAUGAAAGCUCCAAAAUUGUGGAGGUUGACAGUGGUAGGCCUAAAUCAAGAUCUUGCAGAAACAACGCUUCCGAAUCAGGUUCUCACAAUGACCAGCCGCUUCAUCGGACCUAUUCGUCUCCGUUUCUAUGUCGAGUUCCUGCACCCCGAGUAUCCAUACAAGAAAGCCGACACUUUCAGCACAGUGAUUGUGUUAUAACUGGUUAUGAAUGCAGGUUUUCUACGGCGCAAAAUACACCUCGGAUCAUCAGUUGUUGUGGACCUAAUGCCUCGGUUGCAGCUCCCAAGAGUGUGUGUGCUGCUGAUAACUGGUUUAGACAUUACGGGAAUUGCCCAAAUUACAUGGUGAAGACACAAUCAUUCAAGGCUAAAUUGAGGUCACAGAGUGCUCCAAAGCAAAGGCCAGAGCCAGGGCCGAAAAAGAGACUUUCUCUCGAUUAAAUGGGGGAAUCUAGAGGUGGAAUUGGGAUGCAGAGAUGGUGCUCACAAGUUCAGGGUGGACUGAUUGGGAAACUCUG